GCCGGAAGGAGCUGGGGUAGAGAGCGGAAGUGCGGCUGGAGACUUCGCCGGGAGGGUGGCACGUGGGGCUGAGCGAGGAGGCGAGUUUUCCCUCCCAUGGAAGCCAAGCGCCGACGGAGGGGACCCGCAGGCGGAGGAGGAAGAGGCCCCGGGAAGAAGAAGCUGGCCAGGAAGGCCGAGGAGGGUGAGGCGGGGGCGGGAAACGGGCCUCCCCUCCGAGGGCGAAGGCAAAGGGGUUGUGGGGGGGACGUGGGUGUGUUUUAUGGGCCCCUCCCCUCCCUCGCAUCGCCCGGGUCUGGGGAAAAGAAGAAUUCUUGCUGGGAGUUGGAGGUCGCUGGCCGAGAUCUUGCGGAGGCUUUUUUAUUAUUAAUAUUGCUUUGUCUACCAUUUGGUGGAAAAGUGCAAUACAAAUUUAACACAUACAGAAAUAAUUCUCUGAACCGCCUUCAGACCUCCGGGUAUAGGGGGGUAAAGGUAAAGGGACCCCUGACCAUUAGGUCCAGUCGUGGCCGACUCUGGGGUUGGUAGAUAAAUUCAAUUAAGAAUAAUAAUAAGGUAAAGGGACCCCUGACCAUUAGGUCCAGUCGUGGCCGACUCUGGGGUUGGUAGAUAAAUUCAAUUAAGAAUAAUAAUAAGGUAAAGGGACCCCAGACCAUUAGGUCCAGUCGUGGCCGACUCUGGGGUUAGUAGAUAAAUUCAAUUAAUAAUAAUAAUAAGGUAAAGGGACCCCAGACCAUUAGGUCCAGUCAUGGCCGACUCUGGGGUUGGUAGAUAAAUUCAAAUAAUAAUAAUAAGCCCUAGGCUCUGUGGUUUAACCCACAGCACCACCCACAUCCCAUAAUAAUAAUAGAACACCACAAUUAGUAGUCCCUCUGAUUUUAUUUUUUAAAAAUCCUUUCUUCACCGUAGCAGAAGUAGUGACAGCGUUUUUGUUUGCUGUUUUCUUUCCAGCAUGGCAGUAUGUCCACUUGAUCCAAAUUCUGUUCCCGUUAAAUAAUGUAUCCUGUUAUGUAUUCUACGUUUCUGAUGAUGAAUAGACAGUGUGGAAUUUAAUUCGUUCUCACAGAGGGUGGGCCAUUUUCUAGUCACCAUAAUUAUAUGAAGAAACCUGACUUGGAAAGUGGAAGACUGUGUUUUGUUUUGUUUUUAAAAAAAUCAUGUAGGCACUUUUUAUUUAUUAAAUUAAGGUAUGAAUGUAUAGAAUCAAUACAGUUCCCUACCCCCAGGAAGUGACAAGCCACAUGUUUCAUAUAACUGUUUUAACAUCACUGUUACAAACAAAGUGGAAGACUGUUUGAUGUGAAGAUGCCCACAACACUUCCCUGUACUUUAGCAUAUAAUUCUGCUUUAAGCACACCAGUGGCAGGGAUAAAGGGUAACUCAAAAUAUAUCCGUUGGAAAAAAGUUCUGUCAUAUUAGCUGUAUGCUAUGUACUGUAUGUAAGUCCACCGAAUGGUAGGGAUUGUUAGAUAAAACUAAUCUAAUAAUCAAGUGGUUUCUACCAAUAAAGUAUUUUUAUUUUAUUUUUUACAAAAUAUACAAGUACAUUAUGCGUUUUCCAUCUUAAGGUUUUUGUCCCAUGUUGCCUUUUGCUCUUCCAUUUAUCCUCCCUGAAUUGAAAUUUCAAAGUUGGACUGAGAAGAAUAUAAUACAUAUUGAAUACAAACUGAUCUGUUGUUGAUUUUGUGAAAUUAUCUCUUUUGAAAACUUGAAAUAGAUACUGGUCCUCCAACCAAAUUAAAUAGAAAAAGUGGUGAAGAUGGCAAGCCGAAAUUUAAACGUAAGAAAUUUGAGAGAGGAAACAAAAAGCCUGGUAAAACUGGAGUGAAACAAUUCAAGAGUAAACAACCAUCAGAAAAAUUUACCAGGAAGCGCAAACUUCAAGAUGAUAAAGAAGGAGGUGAGAAUAAUACUUGGGUUUGUUUGUUUUUUUAAAGAUAUAUUGAUCAAAGAAAGAUAAAUGUCUCAGUGAAUGUGCUACUUUUAAGAUAUUUGAAGGCGUCUACUGUCCACAAUCUGUUGAUGAUGUGACAGGGCCUUCUCUGCCCUUGGCCCUGUUUGUGGAAUGCCAUCCCCAUAGAAGUUGCCAUUUUUUUUGGUGCCAGUUCAAGACCUGUCUAUUUGCCCAGGCUUUUGAGUAUUUUAUCUAGUUGGUUUAGCUUACUGAGUAGCUUUAGUUGUUCCUAUUUGAGGUGUUUUUAUGGUUUUAUCACUUUGUAUUGCGUGAUUUUUUAAAAUUUAAGUGUUCCAAUCCACCCGGGUACCUAUACAGAUGAUGAGCUAUAAGUAGUUCACAUCUUAAUGAUGAAUGUUUUCUUUUAAAGAAUGUGUGAAUUGUGACCAGCCUGCAUGCUGUAGAUUCAUCUCUGCACAAAACUUGCAGAGCUGAGACAGUGGUUUGAAGCAGGGCCCCACAGUGCUAUGCUGGCCUUGGUAGUGAAGUAAAACAUUGUGGUUCCUAGGUCCCGCCCAGCGUUCAAAUUAGCCAGGCGCAUUUUGCACCUGGCUAUUGUCCACUUGCAACCAAGUGAAGAUGCCUGGGCGCCAGGAUGGUGCCUGACGUCUCCACCAUGUGGGGAUCAUUGGAUCUGACCUGUUUUCACACACUAACAACACAUCCUGUAGAAUUCUAUCAGUUAUAUGUUAUCUGCAGAAGGAAUUUCAGAAAUCAAACUGCUUUUUCUGUGCCGCCUGAACAGGAGCAGUCACCAUUAUGAAAAAGAUGUUGGAAUAGGCCGAUAUAUAUGUGGACUGUCCCUGGAUCACGUGACUUUUGUUCUUUAGGUUCUCGAAGCUCUUAACGCUGCUCAAGGUUGUCAUCUCAACUAGCCAGCUGUUUAACUGAGAAUCAAUCACAGUCAGUCCAUCCUUUGAAAAAUAAGACUUUAGAGCCAUCUUGCCCCCAAAUGGCAACUAGACAUUCCAUUUGGGUGGCUGUAACCUUGAUUUAGGGAGCCAUUUGGCACCUAGCUUAUAUAUCUGAGUUUCUAACACUGACUGGUAGGUCCCACCCCCUCCUAGCUUGGCCCCAGGGAUGGGGGCGAGGACGGGCCCCGCCUGACUUUCUUGCAGGGAACUAGACAGUUUGGCUUGUAUCUUCUUUGUGUCUCAACGACACAGCAGCCAAACCAUCCCAAGCUUUCCUCCUAACAUGGGAGUGAGGAAAGGUGCAGCAAUAGCCACACAACUCCUGGAAUAAUACCCAGCCAGUCACGAUUUUGGCUCCAAGGUUGACGGCGGCACGCUUGCCAUUGUAAAUGUAGCAAGGAUGGAUGGUCAGGAACAUGAGUUAUGAGCCUGAGGUUCAGAUUUUAGUUAUGUCAUGAGUUUUCAGAGCUUGCCUUGGGCAAAACCCACACCUGUAAUAUCAGGAUAAUAUGGGUCAGAGCUCCAUGAUAAAGAGCAGGUGUAUGGAAAAGGUUGCUAGUUCAACCUUUGGCAUUUGGAGAUUAAGGAAAGGUGGAGAGUCACUAGAGAGCCUUUGUCUGAGUCUACUCUACUGGGCUAUAUGUAUCCAUGGUUCAACUUGGUAUCAUGUAAAUGAACAAGCUGCUGCUUCAGAAUAAGCUGUAACAGUUUUAAAAAGUUGGUUCUUUCCUCCAGACUGACAUUCUUGGAAUUUUAAACAGAGGCACAGCUGACAAAAAUUGAUUAGGGAAGUAUUUCUGUCGGAGAGGAUCCCAUGAGCAGAGCAGUCUGCACCCAACAGUUGGCACUGUUUUUUAAUUAACUUGUGUGAUGUUUGAUGCAUCUUAAAGUGUGCUACAAAAUGAAUGCAUUUUUGUCAUCAGGGUCGGCGCCUAAGAAGCCUAAAUGGGACGACAUCAAGAAGAAGAAGAAGGAGCUGAAGCAGAGCCGACAGCUGAAUGACAAAGUCAACUAUGAUGUGGUGCUUAAGGGAAAGCAGAUUUGGGAAUCUCUGAGGCAGUAAGAACGACUUGCGCUGCACGUUCCUGAACUUAACACUGUACUUGUUUUUCCUUCUCACGAAGGAAGAAAGUUUGUUCUGCCUUAGACUUCAGUAUAAUGCACACACAGACAUGGUUCAUUGCUUCAGUUGUCUGUGUGGAUUAUAAAACUGAGGCUGUACGUCAGUGUUUUAGGUUCAUUAAAAAAAUAAAAUCAUAACUAGAUGAAUAUGUGUCCUUCAUUAAAGCAUGGAUAAAGGAUUACAUAUUACAAAAGAAUCUUUGGACAAAGAGGCUACCUGCGAGUUGAGCACCUGCUGUUAAGUGUUUGGCUUGAGUGUAGAACCCCAGGCCGCCUCCACACCUUGCUUUUGCAGUGCUAUGAUGCUGCUUUAAACAGCCAUGGCUCCCCACCAGCUAAUCUGGGGGCUGUAGUUCUCAAAUUGGUUUGACAACCCGUCCCUCUUCCCAGAAAACCCUGGGAAUUGUAAUUCUGGGAGAGGAGAAUAAGGGUCUCGUGGCAACGCUCAGCACCCUUAACAAGCUACAGCUCCCAGAAUUCAUUGGCAGAAGCCAUGCCUCUUUCAAGUGGUUUUGCUUUAAAAGUGUGGUGUCAAAUCUCUGCUCAGUCUUAACUCACUAAAUGGCCUUGGGCAAGUGGCAAUCUCUUCACCAGUCUGCUUUACUCGGUGGUUGUGAGAGCUCUCCUCUCCCCCCUCAGCCAUCCGUUGCGCUGAUCAUGCUGCACUCCACUCUGCUACCAAAGUGGCAAGGAUCUAGUCAUGCAGUAUCGGGGGUUGGACUAGAUGACCCUAGGGGUCCCUUCCAACUACAGUUCUUUGAAUCUGUGCUGUGUUUCACUAAAAGGGUGGGUGCCCUUAUCAUUAGAGUUCCCAGUGGAAGGUAUACAGCACUGUGUCCUCAAUAAAGUUGGGCAACAAACGUCUUACCUGCCAUAUUCCCCACCCCAAAGAAAAGGUUUUUGAUUGUAGUAAGGGAAUGAGUUUUGGAACAGACAAUAAGCAAAUACUGUAAUCUGUUACGCUGCUCUCAGUUGCUUCUGGACAGCACUUUAACAUGUUAGUCUUCCAACGUUAGAUGCCAAACUUAUUAAAGUACAAGAUAAUUCAGUUACUGUAUCAAGAAUAAUACUAAUAAUAAUAAUAAUUGUUGCAUUGUCUUAAGAUUUUCUUGGUUUUGUAGGAAAAAAUGUGAGAAGGAGAAGCGGGAAAAGAUGUUGAGUGAACUCCAAGAGCUGCUUCGUGGGAAAAUAAAAAAUGUAAGCAGAAUAGCAGAAUAGAGUGAAACAUGACUCUCAAAUGGCUGGACUUGUUGGGGUUUUGUAAUGAUGGGGAAAGGGCAUGUCUGGUUCUGCUGCGCCUCCAUGUGAUGGGGGCUGGGGGGGGCAAGUAGAAUGUCUGUUCCCAGGCCCAAGGGUCAUCCUAACAGUUCAUCUACCUGUUGCAUCACCUGCCAAGUACCUCAGAGGUCUCCAAGCCCAGGACACAGCUUUUCAGCAGGUGCAAGCAGCAGGAAUACAGUGGUACCUCGGGUUAAGUACUUAAUUCGUUCCGUACUUAACCUGAAACUGUUCUUAACCUGAAGCACCACUUUAGCUAAUGGCGCCUCCCGCUGCCGCUGGGCCGCCGGAGCAUGAUUUGUGUUCUCAUCCUGAAGCAAAGUUCUUAACCUGAGAUACUAUUUCUGGGUUAGCGGAGUCUGUAACCUGAAGCGUAUGUAACCCGAGGUACCACUGUAUCCCAUUCUCUGGAUCCAGUUCAUUGUAUUGUCUUGUACUGGAAUGCUUCAUCUGUUUUACCAUCAUCAUCAAUGUAUUAUUUUUAUUUAUUAAAUUUGUAUACUGCCCUAUGCCUGCAGGUCUCAGGGCGGUUCACAGGAUAAAAUCACAAUAUAAAAACACAAAGCAAAACAAAACAACCCAGUAACACCCCCCGCCCCCCGCCGGAAUAACCCUCCAGAAUUGGAUCCCAUGAUGCCUGGUGCACCUUGUAAGGAAAUAAUAAUAAUAAUGCAGGUUGUAGGAGCCCUUGGUUGUAGGGACGCGGGUGGCACUGUGGGUUAAACCACAGAGCCUAGGACUUGCCAAUCAGAAGGUCGGCGGUUUGAAUCCCUGCAACGGGGUGAGCUCCUGUUACUCGGUCCCUGCUCCUGCCAACCUAGCAGUUCGAAAGCACGUCAAAGUGCAAGUAGAUAAAUAGGUACCGCUCCGGCGGGAAGGUAAACGGUGUUUCUGUGCGCUGCUCUGGUUUGCCAGAAGCAGCUUAGUCAUGCUGGCCACAUGACCCAGAAGCUGCACGUGGGCUCCUUCGGCCAGUAAAGCGAGAUGAGCACCGCAACCCCAGAGUCGGUCACGACUGGACCUAAUGGUCAGGGGUACCUUUACCUUUACCUUUAGGAGCCCUUGAAAUGCCAAAUGCUGGAACGGUAAAAAGUACAGGGGCAUUUCCCCCCCCCCCCAUUGGUUUAGUUUGUUUACUUGUCUAAUGCCAGCACACUCAUACAGUUCAUUUCUUUGGGAGUGUAUUAUGUUUUCGCAGCCCCAGUUAGCUGCAGACAACUUUUAGGAAUUUUGUUAAAGCCAACCGUGAAGAUAAAUCUGUUGAAAUGCAAUGCUGCCUAAAUGACUUAGGGGGAAUGAUUCAUCUCAAAGGAACCAUUUAUCCCCACAGAUGGCGUUUGCUCACGAUUCGACCCGCGUCAUCCAGUGCUACAUUCAGUUUGGCAAUGCAGAGCAAAGGCAAGAAGUAUUUGAAGAACUGAAAGGUACAGUUUCCAGAAACAAAUGGCUUGCCUUCAGAGCUCUUGGUGUUUACAGCUUCUUAUGGUGGUUUCUUAUCGCACAGAUAGUUUCACCGAACUAAGCAAAGCCAAGUAUUCCAGAAAUAUUGUGAAGAAGCUUCUUGCCUAUGGGUAAGUUUUUCCUUUUUCUACGCUUCUCUCCACUUCUGAGGGAAGUCAAGCCAGAGAACGGAGUGUAAAGGAGAGAAUGAGGGAGCUGGACUGUGGUGCUUGGCUUCAAAUCCUUGCUCAGCUUACUCUCUUGUGUCAAAAAGAUGAAAUGGGCAUUGGCAGAACGCGAUGUGAAGGGAACGUUAUUGAAACCCACUCCUUCCUUAUGAUGAUCCCACUGAGAUCAUGGCACUGCUCUGGAAAAUGCUUGUGUGUCUAAAGUCCUCUAGCUCCAAAAGACAAAGAAAUUGGUUUCGUCUCUUCCUAGUCACUGGAUACUACUGAUGUCUGUCCCACGUCUGAAAAAUGCCAAUUUGGUUGAUAUGACUUGGAUAUGUGACUCUAAACCAGCUCAUAGCAUCAUCAUAUGUUAAAAAGUCAUGCCAUGUCAUUUGUAGACAACUUCUUUUUCUUUCCAAAAAAUUUUUUAUUGGUUUUCACAACAUUAUAAACACACAAACACAUAAGACAAACAAACAUAAAUCAUAGCCUUAUUGAAAAUUACACUGAUUAGCAUUGUUAAGUGACUUCCUCGCUUCCCCUUGGUUGAAUUUCAUUGCAUAUCCUUUUAACGGUUUUCCAAAUCUCAGUUCUUACAAAAUUUAACUUAAACAUUAACAUCCUUAGAUCUUCAGAUUAUGAAAUUAAACAUAUUAAUUCAUCCCUUAACAUAAAUUAAAUCCUAAGCCAAUUAAGUAUCUGCAAGCUGUUUUCACUUAAUUUAACUUAACAUAUUUAACUAAGUAAUCAUUAAAUUUAAUCUACUCUUCCUGAUACUCCUCCUCCUUCUGGUCGCGGACUCUUCCAGUUAGGUUGGCUAGCUCCAGAAAAUCCAUCAUCUUCAUCUGCCAUUUUUCUACCGUUGGUAAUUCUUGGGUUUUCCACUUUUUAGCUAACAAAAUACAAGCAGCAGUUGUGGCUUACAAAAAUAAUUUAAUAUCUUUCUUGGGAAAUUCCAAACCUGUUACUCCAAGAAGAAAGGCCUCUGGUUUCUUUAUAAAUGUAUAUUUCAACAUUUUUUCCAAUUCAUUAUAAAUCUUUUCCCAGAAGUCUUUCACCUUGGGGCAGGUCCACCACAUAUGAAAGAAUGUUCCUUCCUUUUCUUUACAUUUCCAACAUAGAUUGUCACAGUUGUCAUAUAUCUUUGCUAAUUUUACAGGAGUCAAAUACCUCUAAAACUUAGCUCAGUGCAUGAGACUCUGCUUCUCCCUGAGUGCCAGGAAGCCCAGGGGAGAGGGUCAGGAUUUGUACCAAGCAACCAAAAACUAGGGUUGGCUACCAAGCAGAUCCAAACUGUCACCCAGUGAGUGGCCUGAUUCUGGCAUCUCUCUCUCCUACGAAACUAUGUAUAUUAAUACACAUAAGACAUUCACACACAGUGAGAUAAAACGUGGGCUGGAUCCAGACUGCCUUCCAUGAAUGGAAUGGCUCUUCCAGUUCACAGAAGCUUCUGAUCCAGCAGAGGGACCCGGCUGUCGCAGGAAGGGAAGGCAACGGCUGCUGCUUCAUCCCUCCCCCUGCAGUAGAAGAAGAAGAGGAGUUUGGAUUUGAUAUCCCGCUUUAUCACUACCCUAAGGAGUCUCAAAGCAGCUAACAAUCUCCUUUUCUUUCCUCCCCCACAACAAACACUCUGUGAGGUGAGUGGGGCUGAGAGACUUCAGAGAAGUGUGACUAGCCCAAGGUCACCCAGCAGCUGCAUGUGGAGGAGCGGGGAAUCGAACCCAGUUCACCAGAUUACAAGUCCACCGCUCUUAACCACUACACCACACUGGCUCCCAGCACUAUUCCACAGGGUCCCGCAAAGCAAGAGGAAGGUGGCAAAAGUUGCCGCUCCUUCUGACAGCUCAGUCCCUUUGCUAGUGGCGUCAAAGUUUGGAUCAGAGUCUUUCUUUUCUCCCCACCGUUGAAAAAGAAUAAAAAAUCAGUUGUGUUUAAUAAGUGAUUGCUCAAAGUCUCUGGUCCGCUUUUCUUUUCCGACUUUUGAACCGCUAUCUGUGUUUAUUCCUGAAACAGAACGAAGCCACAAAUUGCAGAGAUAAUCAAAAGCUUUAAAGGCGAGGUCAGGAAGAUGCUGCGCCAUGCGGAAGCGUCGGCUGUGGUGGAGUACGCCUAUAACGACAAAGCCAUUUUGGAGCAGAGGAACAUGUUGACUGAGGAGCUGUAUGGGAACACAUUCCAGGUCUACAAGGUGGUGUAUCGAGGCAACUUUUUGGCAGCUUUCCCCCACAGUAUUGUUUUUAGAUUUUAGAUACUGUGUGCCGUGGGAGAGAAAAGGAAGGGUGGCGAAUGGGAAAGGAAACACAGUGGCACCUCGGGUUACAGAUGCUUCAGGUUACAGACGUUUCAGGUUGCAGACUCCGCUAACCCAGAAAUAGUGCUUCAGGUUAAGAACUUUGCUUCAGGAUGAGAACAGAAAUCGUGCUCCGGCGGCGCAGCCACAGGAGGCCCCAUUAGCUAAAGUGGUGCUUCAGGUUAAGAACAGUUUCAGGUUAAGAACGGACCUCCAGAACGAAUUAAGUUCUUAAUCCGAGGUACCACUGUACUGCUGUUUUAUUUCCAGAGCUGGAGCUCUAAAUGUGGGCCCCUCUGUACAUGCAGUCAGUGCUGUUUGUGUCUCGCCCCGACAGAAUUUCCUUCCUAUCUUUGAAGUCCUUCACUAGAGCAGAGCAGAGCAUACUUGGGGCUAAAGGAUAUCGUGUCUUAUCUAUACCAGGAAGAGGUGGUCUUGGGAAUACCAGCUUCGCCACUAUGAAAACUAGGAAUUCUGUUUAUAAGCAAACCUGCCAUUCCCGUGAUUCUAGUUAACAUCUUGAUAGCUUCAUUAAAACUGGGAUACAUAGCAACCUGAUCCAUAGAUCUAGGCUAGCUGUUUCAAAAAUGUAUUGGCAUCUGAACACAUGUUUGCUUGGUCCCUUCUCUAGGGGUUGACUUUAUUAAGAGAAGUUGGUUCUGCUUAAAUGACAGAGGCCAACUUGAAAGACCUGUCGCCACGUUUUAAUUUGUCUGGUGUGAAACUCUGAAUGCAAAGGCUUUAUAGACAAAAAUAGAUAUUUGAUUCCUGCAGAAUUUAGAGAUCUCUGGAGAGCAUUGUUUAAGUUGAUUGGUUUGCAAUUAUUGAUUAUUCAGGUACAGUAUAAAGAAGUCUUACAGUUGAACUUGCUAUACAAUGUUUGACUUUUGACUUCAGUUUGAAAUGGUCUAGUUCCAUGCCCCCCAUUGCCGUUUUUAAGGAUUUAAAAAGUAAUCAUUAGCUUACAUUUGAAAGGGAGUGGUUUUAUUAGGAAUUUUCAUGUUUGAAAAUCUGGAUAGAGCCAUUCCAAUUCCUAUUAAAAAAUUAAGCUUAAUGAAGUUGUUUUAAAAGCUUUGAAACCACGAAUACUAAUACGCUAUUACUUGAAUUCUCCUUUCAUUAUGUGCUGCAUCAUUUUCUCUUAAAGACUCACAGAUCACACAUUGUGGAUAUCUUUAAUGAGAGACCAAUUAACAGGAGUUCCACUUUGCACACUAAUUAGAAACUGUCUUCUUUUGGAAAUGGUAGCUCAAAGUGAAUGUAAGAAGCAGUUAUACCUGCUGUUUUAACCCUUUUAAAAGCUGUGCAUGAAUAGGAGCUACUUCAGCCUUUUUAAUAGGACUCUUUUGCAAAUUGCACUGUGAUCCUUAACCUGCUUGCAGAGAAGUCAGAUUUCUUCACUACCAGAUUUGUGGUGCUGAUGGGCACUCAGGUGCAACCGCCGGCUCCUCUAUCAGUUCAGUUUCAGGCACAGCUGCCCUGGUUCUGUUGGGGAUGUGUGAGUAGGAAGCCAAACCCUGCAUUGCUCUGAAUUGGGAUAUCGUAGGUUUGACCAUCUGAAUGAGUCAAAGUCUCUAUGCUGGAACUGAGAGGCCACAAUAAGGCAAGAGUGUCUUGUAUUUCUUCAGAACAAAAAAGGUUGUACCCAGUUAGGAUGGAUCUUUGCAGAGCACACGUGAACAAAAUUAUAAUGGGGCAGUUCUCCCUUAUUUGCAGCCCUUUUUAUUAUAAAAAAGUAUUCUCUGUAUAGGUAAAACUGGAUGGAGCAAAAAGGUCAAAAGUGAGGCUGGAUGAAUACACAAAUACAGUGGUUACAUACGCUUCAGGUUACAGACUCCGCUAACCCAGAAAUAGUACCUCAGGUUAAGAACUUUGCUUCAGGAUGAGAACAGAAAUCGUGCUCUGGCGGCGCGGCAGCAGCAGGAGGUCCCAUUAGCUAAAGUGGUGCUUCAGGUUAAGAACAGUUUCAGGUUAAGAACGGAUCUCCGGAACGAAUUAAGUACUUAACCCGAGGUACCACUGUAUAAUGAAUUAGUGCAUUUCCCUUCUUUUUGUCCCAAUUACAGUAUUAAAAUAGGCAGGCAGAGCAUUUGACACCUAUGAGUGUGUUUCACCCUUUAGUCGCAUAGUUUUAUACACCUUGCUUUCUCUCCAGCCUGUCAUUAUGUUUCAUCAGGACCUCUAGUAUGUCAAUAAGACCAGGUUGCAAGAUAAACUCUCGCAAAUGUAUCCUUGGAAACGGAGUGCAGUUCAGGCUGUACAUAAAAUGUCCUUCGCUGGUCACUAGGUACAAAAUGCCUUUUGUCUAGAUCUUUCUGGAGACUUCAGUUCCCUCUUAAAUGGUUAAAUAGUAGGUGCCAGCUGGACCGUCCUUCACAGGUCAUCUGAGGUCUGUCACAGGGAAGCCAGUGGCUUAUCAGAGGUGCUGUCUGUACGGAGCCUCUCAACUGAGUCUAAUGAGGUCACAGUGUCAAGAUACAGUGGCAGACUUGCUUUAUACUGAAGAUUCUUCAUUGUGCUUUUGGCUCUUUAAUGUCAUUAAAAUUCAGCGUAGCGGCUUUUCUUAAAUUUCAGUCAUCAGAACACCCAACUUUAGAGGAAGUGUUGAAGGCUCAGCCUGAGAAGCGGGAGGCCAUUCUGGAUGAAAUGAAACAGAUCCUGACUCCAAUGGCGCAAAAGUAAGGGCAACAAUUUAGCAUGAGGCGUAUCGCAGCCAACUGUGUAGCACUUCUCUUAAAAGUGUGUUCUCAUCCCUUUUAACGUCUCUUGAGAUAACUUUGAAACCGUUCCAUUUUGAAUGUAAACACUUAAGCUGGUGAAAGCCCAGCAGAUCUUUCCAAGAUGACUUAUUUAAUGUGGGAACAUCAAAGGCUCUUCAAAAACAAAAUCAGUCCCCAGUGCUUCUUCUUGCCUUUUGGGUCUCUCUCUCUCCUUAAAAGCAGGAGUGGGGAAACGGGGACCCUCCAGAGGUUGAUGGGCCCCAAAUCCUGUGAUCUCUAACCAUUGACCAUUGGGUUGGGGCGGAUGGGACUUGUGGUCUGCUAACAUCUGGAGAGCCACGGACUCCCUGCCUGAGAGAGAGCCAAGGAGACACAUAGGAACGCAGCCAAGUCCUGUGCACAGAUUGGUUCUCUGGCUUGACAACUAGCCUGCUCUGAAUGCAACUGCAGAUGUAUCUAUAACUUCCGUUACAAUUCUCUGCACAUGCAGUUCCAUGUCAUGGUAUUAUGUAAGUACAGACUUCUGUUUGUUUCCCCCCUGUUUCAUCUUGCAGGGAGGCUGUGAUAAAGCAUUCGUUGGUGCAUAAAGUCUUUCUGGACUUCUUUAUCCAUGCUACCCCAAAACAGAGAUCAGUAAGUAUUGGCACAGCUAUGGAUUUUGAUCUGGUUUCAUGUUAACAAAUAAACAGUACAAGUGCAUGCCAGGCAUUUCUACUCCGCAGAGCUGUGUCUCUUAGCAGCUCCUGUGCCUCCUCCGCUUGCUGGAUUAGGAAUCUGAAACAUAACGAAGUCACUUCAGAGGAUCCGCGUGGUCUUGAUGGGAUGCGCACCCUUCCCACUUCCUGGCACAACUUGCCAGGCAUCAUGUCUUGAAACAGGAUAGGGCUGAAUUAGGGUGCUCAACUCGGUUUCUUCCAGCUGCAUUUGCAUACCUGAAGUUAGACAUUCUUCCUAAUUAAAUGCUGGUAGCCCUGUGAUGAUUGUGACCAGAGCAUACUGUUCUUUGUCGUGCCAGUGGCUUCGGGCUUCUCCUUUUUAGUUGCUCUUGUGUUACUCUGGUUCUGAGAAUUUGAAAUACUUUCCAUUCCUGGUUGUAAGGAAAGAUAACGCAGGCCCACAGAGCUGAUCAGAAUAAUACCAUUUAUAUUAUGGUAGUUGAUUUGUGUUAAAUUCAUUAAAACCAUCUCCUUAAAUCUGUCUAGGAAAUGAUUGAGUCAAUCAGAGAAUCUGUAAUCUACUUGGCACACACGCACGAUGGAGCCAGAGUCGCCAUGCAUUGCCUGUGGCAUGGAACCCCCAAGGUUUGUAUGCAGAGUUCGUGUAGAUCAAAUGAGAAUUGGUGAGACCUUUCUAAAAAGUUUCACUGGGGAGCCUUUUCCCUCACUACUUAGCUGUGCCUGACUUUGACAAAUGUGUUUGUGAGACACAAAAGAAUGGAAAUGCCCAACCCUUUCGUUAGAAUUAGUAUCUAAAAAGUACUAAGGAGGCUUUAUGACUAGCCUUGCGCCUCAAAUGAAAUGACAGUGCUUAUCAUGGUGCCUUGGCAAGCAAGCUGAAAAUUCAAACUUCAGAGAGAGAGAGAGAGCUGUGCCUUCAUUAUGUAAAUGCUUAAAGCUGAGACUUGUACAUAAGCUGAAGUGCUGUCAGGAUCUCUUCCAGGGCUUUCCCAAAAUACUGAAGACUUGCAGGCUGGUUGCAGCACCCAGCUUGCUUAUUUUGCAUCCCAUAGGGCAGGGAUGUCCAAGUGGUCGACUGCGAUCGACAGGUCGAUCCCCUGGUGCUAGCAGUAGAUCGCAGGCUCAUUUUCCUCUGGGGUGGGGGGGGGAGAGCAUCUGUCCCCACCCACUCGCUGUGUCCUUGAUUUGCGCACGAUUGCAAAGAUGGAAGAGGGAGUUACUGCAGCCAGGUUUUUUACGUGAUUAGCAAUGUCUGCCAUUUCCCCCCACCCAAAGCAGCAGAACUAUGGGGUUUCCCCUUAAAAAGCUGAACUGGUUUGGCCUCCUUGGGCUUGCUACCAUAAAAAAGCUCAACAACAUUAGUCCCCGGCCCACCCCCAAAUGGGUAGAUCACUGCUAGUCCCCUCCCCCCCCGGAGUAGAUCGCAGUCUCUUGGGAGUUGGAUGUCCCUGCCAUAGGGAGUUAAAAUGCCUCUUUGUGGAACAUUGAAAGGUGUCCAAGCCCAUCAGCAAAGAGAGGAGAGAUGGGAGAAGAAGGUCUUCCUCUGUGACUGCAGUGCUCUUCCUCUCCCUGGAUUCAGGGGUGCAACAGGGCCGUGGUCCCAGUCUUUUUCCAGCAUGUCUCAGACAGCCAGGCAUGCUGCCUUGACCUGCUGUGAAUUGCUGAGAAGAGAUUGCAUGUUGUAGUUGAACUGGACAAGGGGAGGUGAAGAGACAAUAAACAGCAAUAACAGAAUGAAGUGAGGAGGCGGUAGCAGGGAUGAGAUUACAGAGAAACAUGGAGAAAGGGGGACAGUUAAUAGAGAGCAGAAUGGGGAGGGCGGGCAGAGAAAUGGGAUAUUGCAUGACGUACUUCCUCAUGGAACCCUGAUGGACGCAGGAGGCUUAAUCGAUCCAAGUGGGAUCACUUAAGGGAUCUUCUGCAGCAAGCUUUGCUUUAACAGUCAUCUGCAGGGUAGCUUUCUAUCCUUCCUAUAGAAGUGGGGUUCAAGCUUCUCUAGCUUCUCAAGGACUCUUUGGCCUCCUCCAAAUGGGUAUAUUUGCUGGAAUGUUGCACAUUCUGAAGUCAGAAACCCGACAUUAUGCAGUGGCUCUGCAUUCAUUUUAAAGCUUGUUGGCCUGACACGCUAAUUUAUUGCUUUUUCUUCAUUUCUCUUGUCAGGACAGAAAAGUCAUUAUGAAAACCAUGAAGACUUAUGUUGAAAAAAUAGCUAAUGUGAGUAUUUUUAAAGAUUUGUUUGGUGAUUUUGAGCAGCAGAAUCCUGUGCAUAUUUACUCAGAAGCAAGUGUGUCUUAGGAGUGAGGCUUAAAAAUGUCACUGUUGUGGCCUUAUUUUCAAUUGAAACUGCAUGGAUUGAGAAGUUUUAUUCUCCAGUGUUCAAGCUUAUGUAUGAAACAUCAAUAUACAUGAAUUUAAGGAAGAGAUUUGAACCUAGACAAAAAAGCAAAUUCCAUAGCAAAGGGCCAAAAAUAGAAGCAGGACUUCUAAUUCUUCAUUUGAAAUAGCUCUGCUUUACACAGAAACAACUGAGGGAUGAUGACAGGGCUGGGUUUUUUGUUUUGUUAAUAAAGCAUUCCCCACAAAUGAAACCUUAAGCACAUUUACUCAGAUGUAAGUCUCUCAGAGUUAAGUGAGGCUUAAUUCCCAGUAAUUGUGCAUAAGAAUUAGUAUGAUGGAACUUGUUAUUGUGUGAGAUGAAUAGUCAUUGUUGAUCUUUAGCAAAUGAACUGGACCGGCUGCUUGGUUAAUCGGGCUUCUAUGUCUUAUGUCUUAUGAUGUUCUUGCUUUUGGGUUCCUAUUUCAGGGCGAAUUCUCACACUUAGUUUUGCUAGCGGCAUUUGACUGCAUUGAUGACACUAAACUUGUGAAACAGCUAACUAUAUCUGUAAGUAGUCUGACUUCCUAAAAUUCUCAAGAUUUCCCAUUUCACUUAGUAACAAGGUGUAAAUUACACUGGAAACGCUCACGUGUUUUUAGGCCUGGUUUGCAAACAUUUCAAGUUUAUUUUCUUGUGAGACAAAACUAACUUCAUUGUGGUGGUUUUGCUGUUGCUUGGAAUGCCAUAGCAUGCUCCAUUUACUCACUGCUUUGAUUUGAGAUGGUAUGUGUGCUGGAAACUCUCAGGUUAUGCUGAAUCGCUUGGCUACCUAGUGAGUGAUUAUGCAAAGAAUUAAAAUAUUCCUCCCAGGGCAAUACUGCUCUUCAGUAUCAAAAUAGAUGAUACUUCAGCUUGCACCAUUUCAGAGUAUAAGGUAAAUUUCAAGGUCCAAUGUAGUGCAUUACCUAUAAAGGUAAAGGGACCCCUGACCAUUAGGUCCCGUUGUGACUGACUCUGGGGUUGCGGUGCUCAUCUCGCUUUAUUGGCUGAGGGAGCUGGCGUACAGCUUCUGGGUCAUGUGGCCAGCAUGACUAAGCCGCUUCUGGCGAACCAGAGCAGCGCACGGAAACACCGUUUACCUUCCUGCCGGAGCGCUACCUAUUUAUCUACUUGCACUGGUGUGCUUUCGAACUGCUAGGUUGGCAGGAGCUCACCCUGUCGUGGGGAUUCGAACCACCGACCUUCUGAUCGGCAAGUCCUAGGCUCUGCGGUUUAACCCACAGCGCCACCCGCGUCCCUUAUCUAUAAACGUACACCCAGUCAAAAACAGGGUGUUGAAGCACGUGGUUCUUCUGUUCCCCUCCCCUACAUAGAAUCACAGAACUGUAGAGUUUGAAGCAUCCCAGGGAUCAUCUAGUCUAACCCCCCGCAAGGCAGGAGGAGCAAAGCUGUGAUUCUCCAGGAGCCUGCUUGUUUGUGCUAAGCCAUGGUUUGGUUUAGCAUUACACGCAGACCAUGAUUUUGUUAUGUAGAAUCUAGUUCUCCUGUGCAUUGAAUUCUUCGACAAGUUUAUAACUGCAAAAUGCACCCAAAGAGGUCUCCACAUCGUUCAUAGAAGGUGGUAACGCUGCAUGAAUCCAUUGACAGCUACUUCAUUAAAAUAAGGAACGGGAACGUCUUUUGCAAUAUUUCAUCACCAUUUCCCAAACUAUCCUCACCUCUCUGUCUAAUAAGUGCAGCGUUGCCACCCGUGUUAGAUUAAAUGGAUGAAUCCGUCUUCAGGCAACGUCAAGGGGGCACGGUUCUGUCAUGACUUCAUCUGCCUCAGGCUUCUGUGCAAAAUAGAGAGCACUGGCGCUGGCUGGAAGUAGGCUGGAAGUCAAGCAGCAAUCACACGCUGGAGCCUUGUAGGAACGUGUUCAUAGAAAAAGUUAAAAUAGAUGUCUUGUUAGACUUUGCACAUGGGAUGAACCCCUUUCCUCUAACUUGAGAAUAAAAUAAGUAUUGACGAACAAAGCUGGACUCCUCAAAAUAAUUUUGCAAUUAAUCCACAUCUAAAAAGUUUAUACUAAUUGUACCUGCAGAUAUGCUUAAAGGUGUUUUUCUAUAUAUAUAUACACUCUCCCCUUUCUAAGCAUGCAGAAAUAAAAAGAGAAGAAUUACUUAACAAUACAAGGGAAGGAGAUGGAAGGGAUGGCUACUGUCUGUCUAGUGCACAUGGUUAAGUCAGUUUUUGUCUGUGUUUGGGAUGGGCGUCCCUACAUGGGUGUAUUGCAUGUAUUACAGCAGCAGUGAAAACUAUGAGCCAAGAUUGUGAUCCCUCUCCAAGUAACUAAAAAUGAAAUUGUUUGUUGAAAACAAUCUUCCACUAACAAUGCUUUUCCUCUUCUUUUAGGAAAUUAGCGAUUCCUUAACCAGCAUUGUAAAUAACAAAUAUGGAAGGAAAGUCCUCUUGUACCUGUUAAGUCCCAGGGAUACUGCGUAUUUCUCACCAGCAAUAAUCAAAAUCCUGGAACAGGGUGAUGGAAAUGCUUACAGGUAAGCAGAAAAUGCCAUUUCCACAGUUUUGUGGACGUCCAAAUUUAACAUUGUCUGCCAGUUGUGCAGAGAAGCAGUUAUUUGAAGGAAAGGAAACUAGCAGAACAGGGCUUUCCCCGUGGCAUUUCUGUUAACGAGAGUGGAGGCUGGAGAGGAAGGCUAUGAGAUGAUCACCAUUUGUUCACACUGCUUGUGUACAUUUGCAUCUGCUCCCAGGGAGGGGGAGUGGCUGGCUGCACCCAGGUGGAAAUGUCUUGCAUUGAGCACACGUUUACCCUGCUGCAUCUUAGAGUGGCUAACCCAUGAUUCUAGAAAUACCGUAUUUUUUGCUCCAUAAGACGCACCUAGUUUUAAGAGGAGGAAAACAAGAAAAAAAUAUUCUGAACAAAACAGUGGAUGUAUGAUUUUUGUGGUUCAUGCUGUGGCCACAGACAUGUGAUCUGAUGGUGAAUUUGGGGUGACCCAAUGCAAAAAUCCAGAGGAUCCCUGUGGAUCCGUGCUUUGUAACCACGUUUUUGCACCAUUGCGGCCCCACGCAACAGUGAGUGUGUGUUUUUUUGGUACAGGAUGUAGCCAUGGACAUGCUAUGUGAUCUGAUGGUGAAUUUGUGGUGACCCAAUGUAAAAAUCCUGAGGAUUCAUGGGCUUUUACCUCCCACCUCCCAGGCAGCCUCCGCUAGCGUCCCUUAUCUCUCUUCUGAUUCCACCAUCAGCUGUUUCCUUUCAACACUCCCUUCCCUCUUGUUUGCCUUAGUGAAGUGUCUUUUCCUUAGCUGGAGCAGUUUUUUGCUCCUCCUUUUCUUCUAAUUUCUCUCCUUAUUGCUUUAGUCUUCCUGUUUUCCCCCUUUGCAAAUUUGCUGUCUUUACCACCCCCCUCCCAGGCAGCCUCUUUUAUCUCUAGCAUCCCUUAUCUCUCUCCCCGACCCCCUUCCCUCUUUUCAAAAAAAACAAAACAAAAAAACAUGACCUGCUUUUUGCCCCUGGGCAAUUCGGCUCGAGGGACCACGCUUUCGCUCCAUAAGACGCACAGACAUUUCCCCUUACUUUUUAGGAAGAAAAAAGUGUGUCUUACGGAGUGAAAAAUACGCACUCCAGAUGCAAAAAAGGAAGCUGCCCUUGUUACCCCCUGCGCAUCCGCCCCCCACAACAGGUGGAAGGUCCCCUGCUGAAAUACACCCAUCUGUGAAUAAGGGAACCAUAACUGGUUUCUCUCUAUGAGAGCCACAUGCAGCCACCCUGAACCAUUUCUCCAUCCCUUGCAAUUAUGGCACUUGCCUCGGCCCCACGUGUAGCCCCCCCCCCAAAGCAGUGCUGGUUCUCAGAAAGGGGCCUCCCUGUGCAGAUGCAGACAGGCUUGUCCCCUUCAGUGGCAGGUGGGCGAGGGUCUGCUAUUAAUGUGAACAGGACUACCCGGGGGUGUUUCGAUGAUUUCCUGAAGGUUAAUCCUCAGACCCAGCCAUUUCUCAAGGGAUGGAAGGAAUCAUGUCGGCAAUGAGCUCCCAUACCUCUCAGCUACGAUGUAAAGAAGAGCAGUUCUGCAUGCUUAUUAUUUUGUGCUUGUCGGACAGCUCCCUCUCAUCGCAACAUUGCCACGUGUAUAAUCACCGAUGCUUCUGGGGCAUUCUGAAUUGAGGCGUAAAAGCGGAACCAAUUUUCCAUUUAUGCAGGUUACAUUUAGUGCGUUCCGGGGAGAAAGCAAGAGGGCUACGUUUGGAUUUUAAAUUGGACAAUUUCGAGUGAAUGGAUUAUGUUGUACCAAACCAAAUUCCGGCAGUAAAAGAGCUGCUUUUUAUUCCAACAGUAAAAAAGAUGUAGAUGUUCGCCGCCGUGAACUUCUGGAAGCUGUUUCUCCCGCCUUGUUAAAGUACCUGAAUGAACAUGCUGAAGAAAUGGUGAUGGACAAGGCAACGUUCAUUGUGGUGACGGGGAUCCUCAAGGCUGCUGUUGGCGACGUCCAGCCAGCCAUGAAGGCCAUUGCUGGCCUCGCGGCAAGAGAGAUGGUUCCAGGGGGCAAAGAUGGAGAGGUAACUGUGCCUGUAAAGGAGCAAGCGGUAGAGUUAAGAAUUGGGGGUCCCUCUCUGGGGGCCCCAUCCCUGGGAUCUGCUGCAAUUUGGCUAUCAAAUUGGGAUAAACCAAAUUAUCCUGAUUCAAGCACUGGACUACAGCAAAGGGCUUGUCGAGUCUCAUGCAGGAUCCUGGGAUCCAGCUGGAAGGAACUGCAUAAUAAUUCUUCCACGCUGAAGGAAUGAUAAGUAGAUAGUGAGAUUUUUUUUUAAGCACAAUUUUUGGAUCAUUUUUAAAUGAUAAGGAGCAAAUUGUUGGGCUGCGUCCAGAACUGCAGCUCCACUUGGGCAGCAGGCUUUGUACAGGCGACAGAAGGUCCUCUUUCUCUCUUGUAACUCUCUGCCCUUCCUCAAAACCGGGUCUGGGGGCCCCUCUGGAGAAGGUUUACAGGGUUGGGGGGGGGUGAAGAAGGAACGGAAGCCCCGUUGUGCAAGUGGAACUCGGCUCAUGCAGCGUUGGGUAGAACCCAUUAUUUUUAACCUGUACCUGAAACUUAGGAUAACAACAUCGUUUCUUGUAGCUGAAUGAGGUUGUAAAUGUCCUAGCUUGGAGUAAGUAGACUACUUUUGUGGUUUUAUAGCUGUAUGAACCACUGACUAUACUAUGCCAAAUACACAAUUUAUUUCCAUAAUUUCAGCGUGUGGCAUAUUUUGUCACUUGCCUAAAUGAUACUUUCCUAUAACCUUGAAGCCCACUGGCAUUUUAGGAACACAUUUGGAGAAAAGAAGCAGAUACUUUGGGCUGAGGGUGUUGCAUAUAAUUUAUACCCCAUUUCUUAAAUUUUGUAUUGGUAUAUCUGCUUGUAACAUCAUUGUAAGCACUUGGCAAAUAAAACUUUCGUGUAUUUUAACCACCUAAAAGCUUUAUUUUUUUUUUUUUUUUAAAUCAUAUUUAUUAAAGUUUCCAAAAAUAUAAAAAUACAAAGAAAAAAGACAAAAGAAAGAAGAUAUUUAAAAAUCUUACUUUCAUUCCCUACUUUCUGGGACUCCCCCUCCCCCAAUUGUAUUCCCCUUUCCUUAAUUUGGUUCUACAAGCUCUCACUCCCAAUUUAAAGCUUAAUUUGUUUAACCCACUAUCCAGAUUGAAUUGUACAAAUCUUACCACCGUCCCACAUCAUUAACAGAAAAAAGAAAAAAGAUUUUCCCCAAGAUCCACCCCAGUUCCUUCCACAAAUUCCCUUUUUUUUAAGCACGUCCGAUCAAAGUAAAAUAACAUGCGUAAGUUAUGUAAAGAAAUAGAAAAUAAGAGAUAUAGAAAAAUUCAAAAAAUGGUUACACAGCCUUUGGAUUUCAAAUCUCCCCCCUUCCCGGUUUGAAUUCCCCAUGUCCAUCAGUCUAUACAUUAUCAGCUUGGAAGUCUCAUUUCAUGACCAGAUUUCUCCCCGAUUCCAUCUUGCCGGUUUUCUUUUAGUUUAUUAAUUUAAAUAAUAUUUGACUUCAAAUGUCCAAUCUAACAAAGGCCUUUAAUUUCCUUGAUCUUUACCAUUCCUCCCGUUGUUCUUUCCGUGUCGUAAUCAGUCCUUUAUUCUUCUUAUUCCUCACUUUCUCAGGUUUCUUGUCCUGUUCAGCUGCUAAAACUUUCUAAUUCAGAAAUCUAGUGUCUCUGCAGAGGUUUGUUAUUCAGGAACAAAAACUUACGUCCAGUCCCUUUCUUUCUUCAAUAAAAAAUUCCAUUGUCUUCCUCUGUAGACAAAAUACUCUUUCAGUUUUGCAGCUUUCCCAGAAGAUAACAAAUCCUGUGCGAAUCCCAGGGUAUUUUUCCACUUACGACCGUUCUUGUAGUAUCCCGAAACCCCUCUAGGGGUUUGUAAUAACUUUGUAUCCUCUAAUCCAAAAGUCAAAUUGUUGCUUAUUUUCCAACAGUUUGUAUCCAUAUUAUAGCAAAUUGUAACAAAAUUAACCAGCAAGGUCCUCAUAACAAAGUCCUCUUUAUAUUCUCCAGCUUUGACAGCCACUUUGACAGCUGUCAAAGUCUCCGUCUCUCUUCACCAGGCUCCACGAAUCGCCCCGGUUCCCAGGGGGGGGGGUUGCAUUUUCUUCUCACCCUCCACUCUUCUCCUCCAGCACAUUUCUUAUAAUUUCCCAUCGUGAAAUUAAUGAUUUUUAUCAGAAACAUACUUCCCUUUGGACCUUGGUUACCCAGUCCUUGUUUUGGAAUGCUUACAAUAGGGGGGGGGGAUUGACUUCCUUUUUAAAUCGCCCCCGCUCGUGCCAAAUCCAAAAUUUUGAACCCGGUUUCCCAAUUACUCACGGGUUGUUGUUAAUAGUCCAAAUUUUCAAUAGAAGAAGUCAGCGCUCUCCGUCGAAUGGCAUGCGGCUGCGCUCGGCAGGGAAAGCAGUGGACUCAAAGCACCACGCCACUCCCCGGCACCCAAUCCGAAGCCUUUAAAAAGGCUCCUUCACGAGUCGGGAGGGCGCUAAUGGUGCAAGCCGAGUCACCCAUGUCCACGGACUCCGUGCCCGUGGUUUUUAAGGGUCCCCGCAUCGCCGGCGCGGUAGGACCCAGCCCCUGCCGAGCAGACUCCCUCCGGAGCUCGGAGGGAGUCCGCCAUUCGGCGAUGGCGCUAACCCGGAAGUCCUUAACCACCUAAAAGCUUUAAUUCCGCACCACUAAAAUUGCUUAAGAAAUCAAAAGGCAGGAAAGAUAGCUAGUUAAUGAAGUGAAAGUAAGAUGAUGGGUAGCUUAAAUUUAGUAGAAACUCCAGUGCUUAAUGUCUAAACAAACAGCCAGGCCUCUAAACUUAUUUAAAUGUUCUGAAUGGCUUUCCAUUUGGCCACCCUUGAUUACUUAAUGUACCACUUAGUCAUGUGGAAAAAACAGGUUUUGUUUAUAGGCAGCAUUUCUAAAUAUGCCUGAGCCUUGAUCUGAUUCCUGGCAUUUCGAAAGGUACAGAUUGUGAUACAGCCAGGGAAGUAAAAAGCACUGCAGGGACUUGACUUUUCCUGUUCUUUUCAAAGCUUCAUAUUGCAGAGCAUCCAGCAGGUCACCUGGUUCUGAAGUGGCUGGUUGAGCAAGACAAGAAAAUGAAGGAGAGCGGCCGGGAAGGUAUGCUAGUAAUUCCGCAAAAGACAGUGGAGUCACUCGUCACAGUCUGUCUAAAUGCGUAAGGGACAACGUGGGAGGGAUGCAAAGGCUCGUCUGACUAACUGUUAACCUUGAAUCGCUUUGCUUGAAGUGUUUAAAUGCAUGCCUCCGCCCUGGAAGCGUCCAGGAGAUUUUAUAGACUUCGCUUCAUCCAAGCUUAAAAGCAGCACAGCUUGGAAGGAGCUCUCCCUCACCCUUAGCGGGCCAAACAGCUGUCAUGUCGGUGGCAGUGCAACCCUAUAUACCUGCUCCGAAGUAAGGCCCUCUGAGUUCAGUGGUCCUUGCUCCCAGGAAUGUGCUUAGAGGAUUGCAUCCUAAGUUCCAUUAAUUGGGCAUCUUGUGUACUUCUGUGGAAGUCGGGGGCUGGAUACGGAAGGGACGUUGCUGACAGGAGCCAUAGGAAGGUUUGCGCAGCUAAUACAGAGAUUGCCCAUUAUUUUCUGCUAGUGCGAUCCAGUUGCACUUGGUUGUUGCGCUUGCAAGCGCACUCGAUUGUUGCGCUUGCAGUGCCAGGUGAGUUCAGGCACUGCUGCUGGUGCGGGAGAUUGGGGAGCACAGGAGAAAGUCAACUCCAGGCAAAUGGGUUCUAAACAAAUUGCAGUCACGCAGAGUAUAAUCUCUGUCACCUACAGCUUCAGUUGAUUUGAUCUUGAUAAUACGUUUUCCCAUUUGAGUCUAUGAAUUUGUACUAGGGUGGGGGUUGUUUUGUGUCCCCACCAACCACUCACAAUUUCUUCAAAUUGUUUCUGCUUGCAAAGCCCCCUUGUUAAACCGACAGAAGUUUCAGGACAUUUUUCUUAUUUUGCAAUAUAUCAGAGUUGGGAGGGUCCCCAGUGGUCAUCUCGUCCAGCCCCCUGCAGUGCAAGAAUCUUGACUAAAGCAUCCAUGAACAUGGCAGGUGCUUUCCAUGCAAAGAAUUGUGGGGGUAUUUUAAGCUCUUGGUGCUGUGAAAUAUGGAACUGCCCUCCUCUUCCAUAACUGGUGCAAGUAGAUAAAUAGGUACCACUCUGGCAGGAAGGUAAGCGGCAUUUCUGUGUGCUGCUCUGGUUCGCCAGAAGCGGCUUAGUCAUGCUGGCCAAAUGACCCGGAAGCUGUACGCUGGCUCCCUCGGCCAAUAAAGCGAGAUGAGUGCCGCAACCCCAGAGUCGGUCACGACUGGACCUAAUGGUCAGGGGUCCCUUUACCUUUAUUACAAAUGUAUUGAAUAGUCAAUGGUUCUGAGGCGGUCUGUGAAUAUACAAUUUACAAGUGUUAAAGCCCCUUUACGCAAAGUUUUAAAUGGGUUUGUGUGGUGUCUAACCUGGUCUUUCUUUUUAACAGAAUGUUUUGCAAAAAUACUCGUAGAGCACGUGGGCAUUGAUCUUCUGAAGACCUGGGCAAACGUCAAUCGUGGUGCGAUUAUUCUGUGUCGGUAUGUACUGCAUUUAAUGACUGAACUAGCAGUAAAAUGCUGUAUAUGCUUUAGGCAGCAAAACAGCUUCAUUGUGAUUUCUUACUUUCCUGUUCUUCUUUGUUAUCUGCUACAGUCAUAGAUGCCUUAUGCUGCUGUUCUAUUUGCAAUCGGGAUGUAGCCUUUGCUUGACUAGUUAAGCAUCACUGCAUUGCCUUGAAAGCUAAAUCUUUCUCCUUGGUUUUUGCUAGCCUGACCAAAAAGUGCCAGGAAAUCCCUUCUGUGCAGUACUCUUAAUCUGGAAUUGCUUUUGAAAGACUUCCCAUGGGUUUCUAAUACCUUGUCCUAUUGCCUCAUCUCUUGUUUCAAGGCGUUAUUUGGUUUAUCUGUAUAAAGCAACAAGCGUUUACAUUCAGGAGCAACCGAUGAUUGCCAUUUGUAUGGUAAUUCCAUCUACCUCAGUGACUCCACACCAUAGCGGCUGCCCCUUCAAGGCGUAUAAUUUAGCCAGCAUUGACUGAGAACAUGAGCGCGAGAUGCAUCGUAGCGCGAGCAAUGGGGCUCCUCUUCCUCUGCUGUGUGCAUCUCAAAGUCUGCACGGAGGAGUGGGCGGGGGGGGGGGGGAGAGAAAGAGAAGUGAAAUCCUGCUGCAGAAAUACAGUACUUUUCGCUCUAUAGGACACACUUUUUCCCCUCCAAAAAUUAAGGGGAAAUGUGUGUGCGUCCUGUGGAGUGAGUGCAGGCUCCUUGGCUUCAGCGAUAGCAACGCGAAGCCUCCGAAGCGCAGAGGGAGUGCUCCAUCAGAGAGAGCAAGAGGGGUCGGUGCGCACUCGCACACCGAAGCCUUUGGAGUACAGCACGAGGUCCUGCCUUUGGAGCACAGCUCCAAAGUGUGUCCUAUAGAGCAAAAAAUACUGUAUUUCUGCAGCAGGAUUUCACUUCUCUUUCUCCCCCCCCCCCCCGCCCACUCCUCCGUGCAGACUUUGAGAUGCACACAGCAGAGGAAGAGGAGCCCCAUUGCUCCCGCUACGAUGCAUCUCGGGCUCAUGUUCUCAGUCGCACUCGCACACCGAAGCCUUUGGAGCGCAGCGCGAGGUCCCGCUGUGCUCCAAAGGCGGGACCUCGCGCUGUACUCCAAAUGCUUCGUGUUCCUUUUGCUGAAGCCGGGAGAGCAAGACUCUCCUGGCUUCAGCAGAGAGGGAGAACUGCACAGCGCCCCUUCAGAAAUGGAAGGGGCUCCGUUUCUCCUGCCGCUUCGCUGAAGGGGCGCUGAGCGGAGAGGGGGAGAUUUUUCUUUUCUUGUUCUCCCCCUCUAAAACAAGGUGCGUCCUAUAGUCGGUGCGUCCUAUAGAGCGAAAAAUACGGUAGAUUCUCAUUGUGCAAGCAGGUGGGCCCCCUUGGGUGUCGCCCAGAGUGAUGCUGCAGCCCUUUUUGAACCGUUGCCUUUCCAUCCUUGGCUCACACCUGAAGCAAGCAGCUCAAAAGAGCCGCUUUGCUUGUUUUAUGGUACUGCGUUUGGCAGCCCAGUUAAACGGAAGUAUUUACAGCCCCCUCCUCGCUCACAAAGUGUCUUGACCAUAAUUGGUGGCACAUGAACGACUUGCACUAAUGAGCCCCUGCUUUUGUGUGCAGAAAUUCCCUUUCACAGCAAAUCUGCCAAAGAUGUUUCCAAGUUGGGUCUUAAUUUCUGCCUUGCCUUAAUUUGGCAGCCCAGCUCCUGAUGUUGAUCACUAUGGCAACGUGUACUGUUAAAUGAAAGCGAUCGGCGGACGCGUUCAGUGCAUCACAGAAGCGGAGGAAUGGAAGGGAACUAAAUGCCACAUCUUCCUGCCCUCUAUAACUAAAGCAGGCUCCUUAAUUGCUCCCUCUAUUAACUUGCCCCCUCUUUCCCCAAAGCAGAUAGAUGCCUUCAGGUCUAAGGGGUCAGCUGGUAAAAGCAAACUGAAAUGGCACAAAUCAGCAAAGGUGCUGCUGGAGGGACAGUUGAACUGAAGCCCUCAAGUGACCAGCUCCUCUGACAUCUGUAAACGGAUCUGGCCCUUUCUGCACAAGUCCUUGCUUUCCAGUAUCCCAUCUCGUAAUUCACCGCCCCCAUUUUUAGUGCUUCUUCUGACACAAAGGAAAAUAACCUCCCUGGCUCUCUGGGUCACUACAAAUACAGCAGGCUUAAAUCAAGCGUCUGCUGAUAGGUUUAUUACAUUAAUGUAGAGUUUUAACGCUCAGCUGCUGGCUUUCGAAUAUAGAUCUAUAGGGAUUUUUGCACGACACUUUGGAACAGAUCCCUUGCAUUUGACAAGCACACUUAAUUCCUUUGAAAUCUCUAAUCCCGCAUGCAGAUGUUGCAUAAAGAUUUGGGAAGAGCUCUUUCAACCUUUACUGUGAAGUUUUCUUCUUCUACAGAGAUGUGGGAAAUCCUGGUAUAGAAUGGAAACGGCUCAGUUGCUCUGCUAAAAAAUGCUGAACUUUGCUUAGAAUGUGUAUAUUCCUAUUGCCGUGCAGCCCUCUUCCAAGUACAGCUGUCGAGUGUGUUUUAAAUGAGUGAUCCUCCCAAUUUUUGAUUCACAUAAGAUAUUUGGCCAGUCUUCAGUGCUUCUCAAAUGUUUCCUUUUCCAUUUUUAGAUUCCUAGUCUCUCUUCCUUGCUUUCAGUGGAAUGCUGAUGCAGCUUAGCAGGGGCUGCCAUUGACUGAGCAGCAGCUUUUCUGAAAGUCAUAUUAUAUGUUUUCAAAUGCAUCUCUCUCUGUGUGUGCGCAUAUGCAUUAGUUAGUAGAUAAUAAAAUUUCAAGAUUGUUAUACUGCAGCACAAUGCAUGAACUGCAGCGUGACGUCUGAUGAGCAGGUGGUUCCCAAGACCAGGUGAGCCCCAGAGCAAGAGGCAGGCCAGGCCAGGCCAGUUCCUCCGUGACCAUAGAACCCUGGAAUUGUAGAGUUGUGGAAGGGACCCCAAGGGCCAUCUAGUCCAACCCCCUGAAAUGCAGGAACCAUUUUGUGUUUCUUUGCUGCCACGCCCCUGUUGCUGCUGCUGGUGAGGCAGGGGAUGGAGGAAACUUCUGCCGCUGCUCCUCUGGGAAGCAGCGAGAAAAGGCAGCAUUUUAAAGCACAUCUUUUCCCCUUGCCUUUCCAGAGCAACAGCUGCACUCCUCUUGACACCCCCACCACUGGCAGGGGAGCAGCAGGGGGCGGUUGAAGGAAAGAAAGUAUUUCUCACCUUUGUCGUCAUCCCCAGCCCCUGGCUGCUCCCCAUAUUGCUGCCACCCUAGAGGGGGUGCAGAGUGGUGUGUAGAGGCUGUUGGUGAGCAACACAAGCAGAGGCGCAGCCCAUAAUUUAAGGUUACCAGACGUCCCCAGAUUUACAAAUCAGUCCCCUGACAAAAUCCUACCAUUCCUAUUGAAGUUGAAAAGUGUCCCCAGAUUCAUUGGAAAAAAAUCUGGUAACCUUACCAUAAUUCAUUGCAGGAUCUUCAGGGCAGCACAGCUUUGGGCAGUAUCCUGAACUGAUGACAGGGUUCGAAGCAUGAGCUUGAAAUCUGUGGGCUCUAGGUACAGAUUCAGCCUGCCCCUCCUGCCCUCCGGAAGAGAGGCUAGUUUCUCCUUUGGGGUGACACCCGUGCACAAAAAGGGAACGUGAACUUGUCUCUCUGCGCAAGUCACCAGCUGGCUUCCUACAUCUUUGGCUUCCCUUUCCCUAAGAUUAAUAGCAAGCCCCAAGAGGCACCAGGCGUCCUGGAUGUGCCCAUUGCCCCUGCUUAGCAAGAGACCGUUCAUCUCUAGAAGGGGCAAUGGCGGGGGGCCGGGAUAACUCUGCUGCAAUAUCUGUGCUGGCGGGGCACAUUUCCACCUUCUCUCUAAGGCUGCUGCACCUGGUUCUUGCCUGUGUUUGUUACCAGGAUGCAAAACAUAAUUUAUUAUUUAUACCCUGCCCAUCUGGCUGGGUUUCCCCAGCCACUCCGGGCAACUUCCAACAAAGUAUUAAAAUACAGUAGUCUGUUAAACAUUAAAAGCUUCCCUAAAGAGGGCUGCCUUCAGAUGUCUUCUAAAGGUCUGGUAGUUGUUCUUCUCUUUCACAUCUGGUGGGAGGGCGUUCUGCAGGAUGGGCGCCACUACCGAGAAGGCCCUCUGCCUGAUUCCCUGUAACUUGGCUUCUCGCAAUGAGGGAACCACCAGAAGGCCCUUGGAGCCGGACCUCAGUGUCCGGGCAGAACGAUGGGGGUGGAGACGCUCCUUCAAGUAUACUGGACCGAGGCCAUUGUGGGAGUUUAUUGGGAUAGUGGCCUGACAUGCAUGCCAAUGUUGAAUUCAGAAAUGCUUCCUCUGAGUAGCAGGUUUUUUCAUCUGCUCCCAAACGCCCCCCCAAAGAUCCCAAAUAGUGGAUAAGGUGAAACUAGAGGCAGGUCUUUAGGCUCGCGGUGCUUACAAUUCCUGCUUCCCCCUGGGAAACUGCCCUGGGGAGUUAGGGGGCAAUCUGGGAGAGAAGGGGAUCUGGUGCGCUGAUCUGCAAGGGGCCCUUGUGGAGCGGACUUUCACCUCGCUUCCUGCCGCCCUUCUUCCAGCGAGGUCCUCUGCUAGCUUGGAGUCAGUUCCACAAAUGGAAGGAGCUCUUCUGUUCAGGCCAGGGCAAAGCAGGAUCUCUAAUGUACCAAGGCAUUAAAGGCAUGCAAACUCCGCAGCGUACCACUUCAAACUAACAACGCUGUGCUUUUUGGAUAAGGCAGAACAGUUUGACUCCCUUGCCAUCCUGCUUUAGGUCACAUUGAGAAACAGAUUUUUAAUCACUCCGCAAGCCACAUUAAUUCUUCUCCCAUUCUGUUUGGUUUGGCAACAUAAUCCUUAUUAGGUAUCUAAAAAAAACCUGCUCAUUUAAUCAGAAGGUUAUGAUAAAAAUAACAUUGCAGUUCGAAAUGAAUCUGCCACUCCAACUUCCGAUCAAGGCACAGGGCUCCUUUGUCAAAUGUGAGGCUGCCACUCGCUAACUGGGAUACAGAAAAAGUUCUCCAAACUGGUCUGUGUGGUUUUCCCUGGAACUAUGCCUGGAUCUUCGUUUGCAGCUGCAUUUUAGCCCUAUUAAUACUACUGUCAGUGCAAACAUUUUCUCCCUCAAACCAUUUUCCUCGAUGAAUUAAAAGUAAGAUACUUGGAAGCUUUUUUUCCUUUUUUGCAGUUUUGAAGAGCAGUGAUUUAUAUUUUGUAAAUUCUAUGGCUGGUCACUUUCCUGUGUAUUCUGACAUCCCAGUGUCCAUGUUAUCCCGUGUUGAGAUGGCCAACGUCUAAAUUAAAUGCUUCAGAAUUUAAGAAAAUAAACUGCUGCUAUUUGCUAUUAGGCAAUUAUCCCAAUGGAUGCUUUGACAAAGCAGAUGGUCUCCCAAGCAUUGAUUUCUCUUUCUGCUUGUCACAUUUCAUUCUGAUUGUAAUUUUGAUUUUUGAUAUUUUCUUUUUGUUUAUAGCCUUCUUCAGAGCUCCGAUCAGGAAGUGGCAACAGAAGUAAAAGCUGGACUAAAAAGUAUUAUUCCAAAGCUUAAAAAAAGGACUAAAGAUGGCACAGCAGCAGGAAAGGCACUGCUGGAGAAAUUAUCGUCAUAACCUAAAGAAGUUAUUAAGUGGACAACUUUUCUGUUUGUGGAAGUGAAUCUUCCUUUUAAUACAUCUAAAGGACAGGUUUUUGGGGUAAAGAUGAGUUAACCUUUUUUAAAAACAACACAACACACAAUAUGUCAAUAAGCACUUAGGCUUUUUCAGAAUAUUUGGUUAUCUUUUUUCUCUUCUUUGGCCUCAGUUUAAUUGUCCCUGUAGAGGAAGAUCUCUUUGAUUAGCCGGGCAGCUGAAAACUGUAUUACCAUGUGCCUUCCUUCCUUCAUCAUUUUAGUCUCCUUUUCCACAUUCAGCUCCAGGCAGCAACUGCUUCCCCCUCUCUCUUCCUCCCCACCUUUGGUCUCCCAUCGUUCCAGCCACCUGUUUGACUUUCCUCCUUUUGACUGCCAACCUUUCCUCUAAUGCUUGCAGAUCUGCAUUGCAAAUUCCCCUUCUGCCUCCAAGUUUCUCCUUUUCAUCGGUUGCCUGCUUCCCAGUUCUCCCACUCCACUGUCUCUACCACUGGUGCCAUGGCUGCUGCGCAUUUUCCGUCUCGAUUUCAGGUGAAAGGAGCCCCACUUUAGCCAAGAGCUCUUCAAGGCCAGAGUUGUGAGAUGGACUGGAAUGCUCCUUAGUGGGAGGGUGGUUGGUGUUCGCUUACAACACACUCAAAGUCUGAAACCUGAGUUAGGUUCCGAUGUGAUCAUUUACUCAGUUGUCACAGUAAACUCUUGGUUCUCCUUAACCAGGGAAGGGAGAGCUAAGGGCAACGGGAGGCCAAGGAAGGACAUGUGCUGGUGAUUGCCCAAAUAAUCAAGGAGCAUGACGCUUGCACUAAGUGAAUAGGCUUCCUCUAGGCUUGCAGGUGGUUCACGUUUAAAGUCCCUCUUCACUCUCUUGCCCAAAAAAUCCUCUCUAAUCUCAGCAGAAGAAAAACAUGCUGUUCCUAUGGAAACACCUUUUUUAACAAUUCUGAACACAGCUCCUAGAUUUCUAAAAAGACGAGUUUGGUGGAAUAACUGUUAUUAGCAGUGUUCUUUUAUGGAAUAAAGUAUUUCCUUCCUUGAAUCUGAAGGUAUGUGGACUGUUAAUGAACUUGAAUGGUAAGGCUAAAAACUAGUUCAACGUUUUCUCUGCAAUUUGGCUGACAGCUUUGGGUGUGCCGUACUCCGGUUAGGACUUAAUCAUGCAUAGGUGGCAAUACGUGACUCUCCUCCCUCUUUGCCAUAAUUCCCUGGAGGAAAAUUGCUUUACUCAGUGGACAGAGGAGAAUGCCUGGCUUUAAUCCCGAUACUUCAGCUGGAGCGAUUCAAUUCCACUUGAGUCCAAACGAAGCUUAAUUGGCACUCACACAUAUGAAAUAACACAGUGGGUUUAGAAUUAAUAAUGCGAAAAUAUUAUCUUGCAGACCGUAGCGCUGCAAGUACUGUAUUUUUCUGGGUAUAACAGCGUAUAAGACUCCUAUUUUUUGGGAGGAAAUGGGGGGAGAUUGCCCAGAGUUGUUAAACUUUUUUUGGGGGGGGGGAAGGAUUGCCCAGAGUUGAGCUUUUGGGGGGGGGGGGGGAUUGCCAACAAUGGCUCGCCUGCCACUGACAAUCGCACGCAUCAACGAAGCCACCAAUCGUCUGCCCACUCACUGCCAGCAGCCGCCAAUUGCCCACCCAAUUCCCACAGCAGCCAAUCGCCAGCAGACCUUGCCGCAAACACCAAUCACCCGCCCAAAUACUGCUGACAAUCUCCUGGUCACGGCAGCCACCAAUCGCCCGUCCCACCUCUGCACUAUCCGUUUAUAAGAUGACCCCCAAUUUUUAGCAUUUUUAAAAAAUUAAGAAACCUCGUCUUAUACAUGGAAAAAUACCGUAAGUUAGAAGUAAAUAUUAAAAGCUUGUCAAAGUGGAUCAUGUAGAUGGAAUUCUUAGUACGGAAGGGAGAGAUCUCUCCUGCAAAGCGAUUGGCUGGAGCUGCUUUGGCACUUAACAAGCUCAGCGCUGUCUGCUAAUGAACCCUGACAUAUACCUGCUGCAUUGCCCAAAGGAGGGGGACCAGGGAAAGCCCUUAUCUGCUGAUGGGGCAGUGUGGUGCCAACUGCACUCCCCCAAUCCGCCUAAGCGUCAUUACCCUGUGUCACACUUAAAGGUUAAUCUCAACUCGAUCUAAUUGGCAGUGACAAAAAGCGUUUGCCCACACAGCCACUCUCAAGGCUCAUCAGUUCCCCUAACAGGAUUGUCUCUUGUGACAGUGAAACAGAUAACUUUGAUUAGCAUCAGAUAACCAAUUUAAAGGCCAGCAAAAAUGGCCCUGGCUGGGACAAAGGGUGGCGGAAGUUUUGAGCUCCCCUUCAGAUUUGCAGUCCCAGAGCAAAUGCAGUUUUUCCAAAAUAUCAACAUAAAGUUUACUCAGUGGCCCCGUCCUCUGUGGAGGAGCCAAAUAAAGUUUAAUUUAGCCGAAAGUAAAUAUUGGAGGUGUGCUUCUCAAACAGCAGAUUAUGAACAUGCAGUUUUGUUAACAAGUAAUUAAAUGAUGGUUAACUUGUGUGCUUUCAUUAGCUUUUAUCUCAGUUGUCUGUUGUAACUGCUUUUUCUGCCCUUUCCAGACUCAGGAAAGCAGUGUGUGUUUAUUUGUCUUUUAGAUGUUGCUUUAAUCCAAAUAAGUUAUCCUACAGACACAUCAAAGAUCCAAGGAAAAAGUGUUGGCAUUGUACGUUUUGUGCCUUCCAAAAUUUGGAUGUGGACAAAGUGGGACUUGUAUGUCUGUUCUGCGAUCAUGGAAUGAUCUGUCCAUCUACCCGGACAUAAACACGGACAUGAAACUAUUUGUUUUGAAUAGAUCAGUUUUCAUCAGUGUUUAGCAAUGGACUUGAUUCUGUGACUCUUUCGCUGUGUUGGAUGUCUCUGGUUUAGAUAUCUUCAAGAACUGCUCUUAGUCACAGAAGUGAAACGGAAGCUCAUGGUGUUAGGAGGCAACAUACACUGGGAAAUUGGAUAGGGCUGUGGCAUAGAAAUUUCAUCAGGUCCUUGGUGCUGCUGCCAUGCAGGUGGAAUAGGAAUCCUGCUGCUGCCAUUAGGAUGCUUUCUUAGCCUUGUCAAUCCCCACACCCAUCGGGCCAUCUCUGGACCACCCAGUUUUCCUUCUGAGAUGGCAAAGUCGCAACAAGACUUAACCGUGCCAAUGUCAUAAAGGGAAAUUUUUUUGCUUUGAAUGCACUUGCAACGAUACGUCCUGUGUCCCACCCUCCAUAAUGUCUCAACAAGUGAAACUGAUUUGUAAAAAUGUUACAUGGAAAAAAUACGAGAGACAUUACACAUACUUCUGUAAAACAAGAAAAUCUCUAAUUAAAAAAAAUGUAUAUUUCAACAUUUUUUUAAUUCAUUAUAAAUCUUUUCCCAGAAGUCCUUAACCUUAGGACACGUCCACAUCCAGGGGAAUGUUUUCGCCUGGCGCCUAAAGACAUUUUUGUGUGUGUCCUCCCUCUUUUCUUUCCUUUUUUGACAAAUUAGAUGCAGAAUGUAUCUCUUCUGGAAAAAAACAAAAACCCCCGAUACGUCCUGUGUGACUUCAGAUCUGGAGCUUCACUGUGGUCAUAGAAUCACAGAAUUGUGGAGUUUGAGCCCUGAAGGUCAUGCAGUCCAGCCCUGACAAUGCAGGGAUAGGCAGCUGUCCCUUACAGGGAUCGAACCUGCAGCCUUGGUGUUCUCAGCACCCCGCUCUCACCAGCAGAGCUAUCCAGGGUGAAUAAUGGGGUAACCACUCUGCAUGGAGGACCUUAAGGUCCACAAAUGACAACACUUUGGAGGUCCCAGGUCGCAAGGUGGUUAGAUUGGUCUCAACUAGGGCCAGGGCCUUUUCAGUACUGGCCCCAACUUGGUGGAACACUCUGUCACAACAGACUAGGGCUCUGUGAGACUUGACAUCUUUCCACAGGGCCUGCAAGACAAAGUUGUUCCGCCUGGCCUUUGGUUUGGACUCAGUCUGACCCUUAUGUUUCCCUCCCCUUAUAUGGUUUUGAUCUAUGGGCUACUAUUAAAAUGAGGCUGCAUUUGAAAUUGCAUUUUAACCUGUAUUUUAAUUUGGUGUUUUUUUCCUAUUAUGAUUUUAUUGUAAUUUUACUGGUGUUAGCCGCCCUGAGCCCGGCUCUGGCCGGGGAGGGCAGGGUAUAAAUAAAAUUUAUUGUUAUUGUUAUUAUGAUAGCAGUGAGUAAGAAGGGAAAGUGCCCAAUUUAAUAGAUCACAAACUAAGUGUGAAAAGCUGUUGGCAAGAGUUGUGGGUGGUGGGAGCUGGGUGGGAAUGGAGAUGCAGCCCAGAGUUCGGCCAUUUAUGGUCCAUUCAUUCCACUGGAAAGGACAUUGUUGUCUCCCCACCGCCAGCUUCCCAUGGCUCACUGGGACAACUAGUUAGGGCAGAGAACAGAAGGCACUUAACUGGUGUCACCAACCCUAAGCUCUUUGCAAACCUGCUUAAUGUAUAGGCGUGGAAUGAGGCAUAUUUGUUAUAUGUAUUUUCAGAAACUGAGAAAGUAAGUUUAAAAAGACCACUCACCAGUUGGUUGUGUGCUUUAAAGCAAUAUGUCUGGCACUUCUGUCUGUGCUCUUACAUCUCGUUGUUCAUUUGUGUGUCCGUUUUAAAUUGCCUUAACAGACAUAUUCCCAAAAUAUGAUUCCUGUAGCAUUUGGAAGCCGUAAUCCGGGAUAAAAAAGGCAGAUUACAUUGGUAUGUUGUGUAAUUUCUGUACUACUCCAUAAAGAAGUUAAUAAAGGUUAUGUAAACAGGG